AUGAUAACAGAGUUUAAUAAAAGGAGGGUUCUCAGUUGUGGUGAGGAAGAUAGAAUCAGUAACUUGCCAGGUCACCUGAUAGACACGAUCUUAGAGCGGUUCCGGACUGAAUUUGCUGCAAGGCUAAGCGUUUUAUCGAAAAAGUGGAGGCACAGAUGGACCACAAUAAGGACACUGGUUUUUGAUAAGUAUUUCUCCAGUAAAUUUGCAACAAAUGGAUAUUUAGGUUGUAAUGGGUUUAUAAGGAUCAUAAACACAGUCUUGAUCCUUCACAAGGGUCCUAUCUUGAAAUUUCAUCUCCAUAUACCAAAUAUAUCUCUUGAUAGCUUCCAAGAAGUCGAUCAAUUCAUCGCACUCCUAUCAAGAAACGGUGUCAGGGAACUCAAGCUUACCAAUUCAAAUGAAUGUUAUAGACUUCCUUCUCAUUUGUUUUCUUGUCUAGAGUUGACAAAGUUGGAACUACAAAACUGUUUCUUUAAGCAACCACUUGAGUUUGAAGGAUUUCUCAACCUUGAAGAACUUCUUCUGGAAGAUAUUGACUUUGGGGCUAACUUGUGUGGAACUAAGAUCAACCUACCACGGCUUAAGAAGUUGAUACUCCAUACGUGCACAAAUGUUUACAAUUUCAACAUUAAGGCUACAAAACUGCAGGAUUUGACUGUCGUUGCUUGCCCUGAUGCCAUGUUGCUUCAGUUAUUGGACAGUUCAUGUCUUUUUGUGGCUUGGAUUACUUUCAAGAGACCCGUAACAAAUUUUGUACGAGUGAAAAAAAUUAAUUUGGCCACAAUGUUGAGUAACUUGCCCAGAAUUGAAUACUUUUAUAUCAACAGUCAUUUUCUUAAGUUUUUGGCUGCAGAAAAGAUUCCAAAAUUGCUUCCAUGUGCGAUUGGUAGUUUAAAGCAUCUGCGGUUGCUGGAUUUUCAACUUGGUGAUUUAGAUCUACUUCAUGGUGCUCUUUGUUUGCUUCGAAACUCACCCAAUCUUGAAAGCUUUCAUAUGUAUAUGCUGGAUGUGCAGGAGCUUCGAGUGGAUAUGAGACCAGCUAUAAAUUAUUUGGAAUCCCCAAACUGUUUGGACUGUACAUUGAAUCAAUUGCAAAAUGUUGAGAUAAUAUCUUUACAUGGAUCAAAAGCGGAACUACUUUUUAUAAAGAUUCUACUUGCUCAUUCCCCUGCUCUCGAGAAGUUUACCAUUAAACAAAGUGGAGCUGCUGAUGCUCAAAAAAGACUUGAUAUUGCAAAGUAUAUUAUGUGGUUCCCUCGAGCAUCACCCGAAGCAAAAAUAAUAUACUUGAACCCGGAGACAUAA